AUGGAGAAGCAACUGGAGGACCUGAAGCAGCAGCUGGAAAAACAAUGUCUGAUCAACCAGGAGCUGCAGAGGCAAAAUACAGACCUGGAACAACGACUGCAGGAGAAAGAAAAUCUUUUGCAGGAACUGCAGAGUCAAUAUCAUGAAUUGGAGUUCCCCUCCAACAGCGGUAAUGAGAUUGAACCACAGGUCAGGAAGAGCCGUGCGGCCGUCAUUGCCUCCGAGCCAAUACGCGAGAACCUGGAGAUUACAGGCACCGGGGUCAAGAAAACUGUCAGCGAGACGAAUCUGAUCGUGAAAUCCAUCCAGAAGAACGACUUCCUGAGCCGCCUGGACGAUGAACAAACCGCCAUGAUGGUGGACCUCUUGGUGGUGUCUGACUUCAAACCGGGCAAGGAAGUUAUAAAAGAGGGCAGUGAAGGAGACAGCAUGUACAUCGUGGCAGCUGGGGAGCUCCUUGUCACCCAGGCGGGCCAGGACCUCCGAACUCUGACCAGCGGUGAUGUGUUUGGGGAGCUCGCCAUCCUGUACAACUGCAAGCGGACAGCAACGGUCAAAGCAAAGACGGUGGUGCGUCUGUGGUGCAUGGAGCGUCAGACCUACAGGACGAUCAUAACCAACAAGUCCAAGAAGAAACGUGAGCAGCUUAUGGGCUUCCUGAAGACGUCUCGUACUCUGAAGGACCUGAAUGUUGUCCAGUUGUCCAAGAUCCUUGACUCCAUGGACGAGGUGAAGUACCAGGACAAAGACGUCAUAGUUCGAGAAGGAGCUGAGGCGAACACAUUCUACAUCAUCCUGAAAGGAGAGGUCCUGGUGACUAAGAACGUGAACGGGCUUCAGAAGCACAUUCGCAGGAUGGGGAAAGGGGAGCAUUUCGGCGAACAGGCCCUCAUACGGGAAGUUUUGAGAACAGCCACCUGCACUGCCGACGGCCCUGUUACCUGCUUCUCCAUCGACAAGGAGGUAUUCGAGGAGACAAUUCCCAUAGAACACCUGGAGCUGUUUGAUGACUCCAAAGUGCUGCAGGAGGCACAACUUCCAGAAAAGACAAAUCCCACAGUCUCCACCAUGAGGUUUAAGGAUCUGGUUUCUGUGCUGUACCAGGAAGGACGCUACCAAGGAGAACCGGUCACACUCGGAGUCGGAGGGUUUGGACGGGUUGAGCUGAUGACCACUGUGAAUCAUGGGAAAUAUUACGCCAUGAAGCGAGUCAGCAAGAAGCACAUUGUUGCCAAGAGACAGGAGGAGCACAUGCUGUUUGAGAAGAAGAUCCUGAAAGCCACCCAGUGUGACUUCAUCGUCAGGCUUCACGCGUCUUUCAAAGACACACGAUACAUCUACAUGGUGAUGGAGUUCUGUGGCGGAGGGGAGAUCUGGACCAAACUCAAAGAAGUAGGGCGCUUCGACGAGCCUGUCGCUGUGUUCUGCACUGCCUGCGUGGUGGAGGCCUAUGCCUACAUGCACAAGAAGAACAUCAUGUACCGAGACCUGAAGCCUGAGAACCUGAUGCUGGACGGUAGAGGCUACAUCAAACUAGUGGACUUUGGUUUUGCUAAGGAGUUGGUGCGUGGGGAGAAAACCUACUCCUUUGUCGGCACUCCUGAGUACAUGGCUCCAGAGAUCAUCAAGAACCAGGGACAUGACUUUGCAGUCGACUUUUGGUCCCUUGGCAUCUUGAUCUUUGAGCUACUGGUGGGAAGUCCUCCCUUUUCAAGUUCAGAGCCCCAGAAGAUUUAUGCAAAAAUAUUGGACGGGGUGCUGAAGUUUCCACCUUAUCUGAGCGAGGCAGCCAAGUCCAUAAUCAGUAAACUCUGCAGACCUCGGCCGGGUCAGAGGUUAGGAAACACCAAGAAUGGAAUCAAAGAUGUCCGGCAUCACAGGUGGUUCAGCAGUAUGAACUGGCACAAACUGCGGGAGGGUCAACUCGACGCCCCCACAGUGCGACUCAUACGAAAGGGCCCCUGCUACAUCAACUUUGAUCAGUUCCCUCUGGACCUGAGCAAGGCCGAGGAGGAGUUCUCCGGCUGGGACCGGGACUUCUGAUCCUGCUGAUUUUUAACAGAUCAAAAGGCCUGAUGAUGGUAGGAGCUCUAGGAGCUCUACACUGAAACAGCAUAACCCACAUCAUGAUAAAUUGGUUCUUUGGAGCUGAAGGGAAUCACAAUUUCUCAAAAAUAUUUAUCAUGGCUCCAUUGUUUCGACUUUAUGUAGUGAGGCAAGUGGCCAGAAAUAUGUGGACGGGUGGUGAAAGGUGGUUAAGACGUUUCGUUUCCAAACGAACAAGUGACAAUAACAUCACCCGUAUGAUACCAUGGUCCUGAAGUGCAAAUCAACGGCAAUACACAAACCACAACAACAAACCAAAAAACACAAUGGCAAAUAAUAAAGCUCAAGAGAUAAGUAAACACUACGACAAAUGGGAAAACACAACUGUAAAUAAUACAACAAUGACGGUAAAUAAGAAAACACAAUGCAAAUCUCAAAAAUGAAAUCCAACAACAAAUAAGAAAAUGGCAAAUAACAAAACUUUAGCUUAAGCUUAUU